UGCAAGGGAACGGGAAUGGCCGAAACGAAAACGAAAACUAGGCGGCGUCGUGUACUAUUAGCAAUCUUAUGUAGCAGCAACCUAAGCAAAAACAGAUCUAUACUUAUAUACUUAUUCGCAACAGCUUAUUAAAGUACUUAUCGAACGAAAUUUUGCCGUGCUUAUACAAAAAGAUAUGAAUGGACUUGUUGCACAAGACCACCUUUAUCCUUGCAACGAGGUUUUCAUCGAAGAAAAUAAUUCAGAGUACCUCGUAGCAUGGAGCGCAUAAAGAGGACCAGUUGCGGGUUUAAAGGGGAUUUUCUUGACACCACGUUGAUGUCAUUAUAGCGUAACUAGAACUCGUUACUGAACGGUACCCUUCUUCUUUUACGGGAUGUCGCUUCUUACUCGCGAACUGAAAUUUCCGGGCGUGCCGCAGCAUCCUCUAGACGAAGGGCUGGCUGACGAAGGACUCAAAAGCAUAUGCGCGUACGAACCGAGACUUUUUUCCAAACGUCCUUCCUCGCUUCGCUGCCUUUAGCAAGCUCACCGUUCAGCCUCCCUCGCGGCCCUAACAAGAUGGCGGGGUUACUUUGUUUUGGUCCUGGUCAAAUAAAUACUAUAGUCCUAGUGGUAGCAGUCGUGGUAAUAGAAUAGUCGUAGUGAAGAGCCAAUCUUCGCUGAUGUGAUGCCUGGCUAGGAAGUGUGCCUGUAUCUUUUCAAGUUCAAUAGGCUUAGAUCCCUGUUACCCUUUCCCUCUUCUAGGGACUAACUGCCGAAUGCGCUACGGAGUUUGGUUCAUUCUUUUAUCAGAGGUAGCGGUAGCAACCAGUUCCAGCAGCACUACCAUUGCUAGUUGAGAGAGGAAGGUGAAGAGGGGAAGGCUAGGGGGAGUGUAAAAGCGCUUUGCGACAGUCUCCGCUACGACGGCGCUCUUAACGGGGGCGGCGGCGGAGCUGCUGCUAAGCAGUCGGAGCCCAGUCGUCGCCGAGCAGAGUGCUCGCCAUGGUUGCUUAGCGGACCGGGUGACUUACGCGGCCAAGCUACUGUCUGUGAACAAAAACCGGCACAGACUCCUCGUCAUUGUCCUCAGCCAACGCGCUGCCAACAUCAUCAACCAUUUCGCCGUAGUUUAGAAGAAAGCCAAUCGAAAAGGCACGCUAACCGUAGCCACCUCAUACAGCGACCGAAUCUGCUGUAUGUGAACUAUAUGAACACGGCGAACUAUGUGUGCGUGUGUGUGUGUAGCAGAGGCGCCCAACGUGAAUUUCCAUCCAAUCCAGGCCAGCGCAACCAGUGAGCGUACUGUGCAGCGAUAACACCCACCAAUGUUUAGCCUAUAAUAGUGUAUAGAAUUGUACGCAGAUUCAUCCAGACGACAGACAGCGACAGUCGGUUUCCGUUGUGCUUUAGCUAACACAGCCACAGACACACUGCCUUCACCUAGAAUGGGCCUGAACCGAUCUGGGUUAACGUGGACAGGAAUUUCCGCCACGAACGACGCAAGCUGCUUGUGGGUCGUGUACUGUUAGUACAUCAUUGUCAGUCCUACGAGAAGAAUCCGUCAAACCCGGUGAGCGAGAAGCAGACAACGCAGCACCAUAUCCACCGUGGAUAAGGGGCCGCGUUGCUUCAGUGAGCACCAGAAUGGCCCGCAAGUUCAACCAUUCACCCAGAACUAACAAGUCAGAUAGUUUGUAGAGCCAAGAGUCCGCGUACAUAUGAAAGAUCGCCGUCCGUUCGAAGGAGACCAUCGGACGCAGAUGGCGUCCACCGACGAAGCGAUGAGUGGCGAUUCCUCGACAGAUCCACUAGGUGCCGACGACACAGAACACGGACAUCAGCAAACUAGUGAAGUGGACGACGAUGGCGGUGAUGAUGAUGACGAUGGCGAUGGUGAUGUCAAUGAAGAUAACGAUGAAGACGACAACGACGAUUCAUCGUCGCUAUCUUCGGAAGACUUAUUCGAAUCUGACCUCGAAUCGGAGUCGUUCACCGAUGUCACUCCGCUACAUUCCAUCUCCAAUUCGCCCCUGCCAAGUCAGCCGAUUGGCACGGUCGCUUCAAAGCUUCGUGAAUCAGUCGGACACAUAAACGAAGAUAACGCCGAGGAAAAUUCUUCAGCAUCAUCGUCGUCUUCUGAGGAAGACAAGCCGGGAGUAGGCCACGCCGAUCGCAGGAGCAGCGGCCGCACUUCGGGUGAAUCGCGAAGCAGUUCUAUAGGCUCAAGCAGAGUGGCAAUGAGAAGAGCCACUGUUAAGAGGGCACCAAAUAGGGCCAGUUGCCACCAACAGAAUGGAACUGCCUCCGUAGAACCCCUACAGAUUAAAGCCCCCGGAAGAGCAGCGGAGGUUAGCCAUCUGACAGAUGCUAUGCAAAAACUUGGCCUUCGAGGUACUACGAUCAACAAUAAUAGCACUACUACUGCUCUCAGAUCUCGACGACAACGAGAACAAGAGCGACGUCUUGAGGCCGAAAACGAGCAGCUGCUCAAACGAAUCAUUGCACAGCAAUCGCGAGUGGCGGAGCUGGUCUCUGCUGGAACUGGUGCCCUUGCACGGGCGCAACAUGUGGCGCCAUCAACGGUCAACCGCAAGCGACAGCAGAAAUUUAUUCAUGCUCAAAAUCUUGCCCUCCACAAAAGGAUCGAGGCUGCUCGCAAUGGCUCCACCGGAACAAUCGGAGCUGGAAGCGGUGCUGCAGGAUUGGGCCGUGGAUCCUUAAGGAAGCCACUACGAAUACCCUUACAUGGAUCAGCACAGCUGCCAACCCUUCAAAGGCAGGACAGCAGAUAAUAGGGGCAAAAGGACGCCAAAUAAAGAGGCUAUUCGCUAAGUCAACUACUCAGCGAUGAUUAUUUGUUAUUAAAUUAUUGCCGACGUGAAUGGCAAAACGUAUGGCUUAAAGCAAAUGUAAACAAUGUAAACAUGCAAUAAGUAUAAUACACAUUGAUGCCACAAGAGUAAGGCGCAUCUACAGGCUGUUAAAGAUUGCGGCAGCGGACAUGUGAGUAUUCUACCUAAUCUUCACCUGCUUAAUUUAAUGUCUAGUGGAUUGGUGACUGAAAGCGAAGUAAAGCAAAACGAAGACGCUGAAUGAUAGCGUACUGGACAAAAGAUGUAAAAUAUUAGCUAAAUUGAAAAAUCAUUACCUAUUGUCAUUUGCAAAUGAGACUGCUGUUAUCAAAAUCCUACGUUCCUUUGACAUAUGACAACAGCACAUGUCCUCUUUGACCUAACCAAGUACACAGGGCAUGCUAAUGGCGUUACAUCAAGAUAAAUUAAUCCGAAAAGGCAAGAAAAACGUUAUUUAGUGUUUAUAUCGACGAAAGUAAACACCAAAACGCAGAGAUAAAGGAGACGAACUGUUUUGCCAUUGGUAUUAGUCGCAUUGUCCUUAUACAAUAAGCUGAGUGUGUAGUACUUUUUUUUUGUAACUAAACCAAUCUUUUUUUUUUAUUUGCACCGUUCGACAUAUUUUUUGUAAAUAGGAAAGAAGUUGAUACGCGUAUAUGCCAACGCGUUGUUUCUGUCAGUGCCAGACCAUGCGUGCCGAUGAAUAACCAGUUGUCUUAGUUGCCUGGCGCUGAUGAGUAUAAAAUUUGCAGGAAACCAUUUGCGUCUGACAAACAAAAAGACAUACGCAUAUGUAGAUGUGAAAGAUGCUUUACUGCUCAACAAACGUAAAAACAGUGACCCCAUAACGUUAACACGAAGCUACCUGCGCAGCUGAAACAAAUAAACAGUGGGUAUUAUUAUAUUUGUCAACAUAGUUUCAAGUACCACACCACACCACAGGUGAGCGUCAUGUAUACUAAAUGUGAUUACUCGUUGACAUUUCUAAAAUUUCGACUCGUAUAAACCAUUACUACUACUAUUAUUUGUAUAAAUGCAUAUGCGUAGAAAGACUAAAGUACUAUUGCAUUAACUGCUGUAAAUGUUCAAGAGUCUGACCUUAGUGCGGAGGCAGAGCAAGACAACUGCAAUGUCCCGUCAGCAUUCCUCAACAAAUGCGUAGAGAAACAGACUCUGAUGAGAAAGUUGACAAAGGAAGUUGGCAACGAAAAUACUAAUUAUAAAAUAUACUAGAGGCGAUAAGAAAACAGCCUCUGGAUUAUACCAUAAAGAAACGAUUCUAAAUGAAGUCCAAAAAAUCCCGUAUAUUUCUUAUCUCCACUCAUACACAUACUUUACCGGCGCUUCACGUUGCGCGGCGACGACGCCACACGAGAACAAACUGAAUCAAAAAAAAAAAAAAAAAUUAACUAGUUCCCUAAUAAUGGUAAUAUUA